CCCACUUGAAGGGUCCUUCUAGGUGGAGGUGACAUUCGCAGUUGCAGCAGACAAGCCGGUAAGAGAAGUCGUGAAAAUUACUCAAAAUAAAGCAUCAUGGCACAGGCAGUCCAGAAACUGGUGGCCAAAGUACCUAGUUUGAUCGGAGCCGCUGCUACCUACUCCAAGCCCCGUCUAGCGACCUUCUGGCACUACGCUAAAGUCGAGCUCGUGCCCCCUUCCCCUGCCGAGAUUCCCCAGGCCAUUGUUGGAAUCAAAAACAUUGUCACCGGUGUCAACAGUGGGCGCCUUGGACAGACCACAGUGAAGGAUGCGUUCAGAAAUGGAUUGGUGUGCACUGAAGUGUUGAUGUGGUUCUACAUUGGAGAGUGCAUCGGGAAAGGAGGCAUUGUUGGAUACGCCGUUUAAAUCUGACUGUCUUGUUGCUCUGCUCUUAACUUCCACCUCAACUGUGGAGAUCCAAUUAAUAAAUGUAUAUUGUUUAAAGAACUUUAGCACUGUAACUUGGAACAUUUACAACUAUCAUGACACUAUAGGACUGCUAUCAAAUAUAUUGAAGUUGCCAACUUUCUUCUGAAACAAAUUUAGUGGGAAAUAUACUGAACAAAAAUAGCAACUCAAGAUUUUACUGAGUUACAGUUCAAGGAAAUCAGUUAAUUUAAAUAAAUGUGUUAGGCCCUAAUCUAUGGAUUUCACAUGACUGGGAAUACAGGUAUGCGUCUGUUCAGAUACCUUAAAAUGGG